UUUUUUUUUUGUGAUUUCCUCCACCGUUGAUCAGGUUUAUUAUGACCAUUUACUUGAUUACAAAACUUUUCUUUUUACAAUUAUACCCUGCGUACAUGUGUUACAAAGCUAUCAAAGUUCAAGAUGCUUCUCAAUUUCGUCCACUCAUUAUAUAUUGGAUGGUUACCAGUGUUUAUCUUGUUGUUGAACAUAUAACUGAUAUUUUUCUCUUUUGGUUUCCAUUUUACUACGAAAUCAAACUUUUAUUUAUCGUUUGGCUCAUUCUUCCUCAGACCAAUGGCACUGGUGUAUUCUAUACUCAAUAUAUGGAACCUUUCUUAAAGGUGAAUGAACCUUUAAUUGAUCAAACUGUAAUCGAUGUUGAACAAAACGUCAAGACGACUUUAUCAACUUAUGGACAAAAAGCAAUUCAUCUUUUACGUACAUUUAUCUCUGAUUCUUUAUUCAAGUCAACUGAAGGUAUCACCGAAGAACCAUCCUUUAAACCUGAUAAGGGUAACAACAACACAGCCAACCAGGAAUCAUGGAGUGCCUAUGGUAUCUUUUCUUCAUUGAUGUCUUCCAGCAGAGUCCAUCAAUUAACACAAGGAUUACAAUCAACAAAAACGUCAACCUCGGCAACAACACCAUUGGCGCAGCAACAAGAUAUACAAGGGACAUCAUCAUCAACAGCAGCGUCAUCAUCAUCAACAUCAUCAUCUGAUCAAGAUAGUGGAUAUUCUAUAGAACGUGUGGAUAGUUAUGAUUCAUUGGCUUCAAUGGUAAAUGGACGAAGACAAAGGGAUGUAACAUCUGAUACGUCAUCACUGGCAAACAACAACAACAACAUUCUCCCUACAAGUUCGGUGACAGUAUCUACUUGGUCUGGUUAUAUGGCUAGUUGGAUCUGGAAACCUCAACCACAAUCGAAGGCAGAAAAACAAGAUUAGUAUAGUUCAUGAAAUUACUAGUUUUUUUAUAUAUACUGUUGCUAAUAAAGAUGCCACUUUGACAAAAUCAUAGAGUUAUAUGUAUUCAAACAGCGAGGCAGAUCAUGUGCUUUUUUUUUUUAUCUAUUUGUUCCCAUUCAAAGAC